AUGCCGCGCGGUAUACCCAACGUCAAGCGCGAUGAGAGUGUGGGGUUGAAACACUCUCUAUUCAAUGUACCUUUGCCCUUGAAUCCCAAACAUCAGGGCAGCUCGUACUUGCGUUCUGAAACGCAGACAAUAUGGGCUCGGAACUCCAUGCAACAACGACUAUCUGCGCCCCCUCCUCGUGAAGAGGGUAGAAAAGGAUCGAAAGUCAUAGUCAUCGACCCUGGCUCUCGCAACUUGCGCAUUGGGCGCGCAUCAGAUAUCAACCCCGUGUCGGUCUCAAACUGCAUCGCGCGACGCACAGUACCUCCAGUACCUCCGCCGCAAUACCACGAAACUCUCAAGCGCCCUGGCGCAUCUUCGACCGAUGUGGAUGGCACUGACCGCGCGGCGCAGGGGUUAGAACCAGAAUAUAAUCAUGAAGACGUAAUGAAUGUCAUGCACGGCAUACUCCGUGGCAGAAUGGAGUUCUACAAGCUGCGCAUAACGCCCGACGCAUCCGCUAAAGCCUCGGCCUUCAACGCACAAUCUCAACCUGAGAUUAUACCUGACGAGAAUGACCCAUUUCACAUUGACUUCAUCCACGAAGUCCCCGAAGGGAAGAACUUCUUAGUCGGCGAAGACGCGUUGAGGCUGGCGGACCCGCAGAAGAUGGGGUUCACUCUACGAUGGCCGAUCUUUGGGAAUAGGUUCAAUACGAGAGAUUACCCGGAUAAGAGGGUGAUCUCUGAUGACUUGGAUACGAUCAUCGCUACGACAUUGAGUGAGAAACUUGGGAUUGAACGGAGGGACUUCAAGGACUAUUCAGUCAUCUUGAUCGUCCCCAACUUUUACGAGAGGUCGUACCUGCAAGAGUUCGCACAUCUACUCAUGGUCACUAUGGGCUUUAAGCAGAUGUGCGCGCAGCAGGAUGCGCUCGCAGCUACAUACGGAGCGGGACUGUCCACCGCUUGUGUUGCCAACAUCGGAGCGACCAGCGUCAGCAUCGCAUGUGUAGAAGACGGCAUGGUCGUACCUGAGACGAGGAUGUACUUGAACUUCGGUGGCGAUUGCAUAACAGAGUUCCUACACCAUCUACUUACGAAAGUCGACUUCCCAUACAAAGACUUCAACCUGUCACGGUCUUACGAUUGGCGCGUGAUGGAAGAACUGAAGAUCAAGCUCUGUACUCUCAACGAGCACAAUGUUGCUCUGAAUCUGUACGACUUUAUUGUCCGUGCGCCCGGAAAGCCGGCUGAGAAGUACGGACUGCGAGCGUACGACGAGGUCAUCCUCUCCGUGAUGUGUCUUUUUGAACCUCGCAUCAUCGACCACGACCGGCGCAAGAUAGGUCAAACGCCGAUUCACCACCCGGACGUCGUCGACGACGUGUAUGAUACUCGCGAAAACAUGGAAGGAUAUAACCCGGAGCUUGUGACCAAUGCGAUGAUGAUCUCCACCAAGCAUCUCUUGGAUAAGCAGAAGGAGCGAAUCGCCGCUCAGCAGGCAUCACAACAGCCUCCAGAAGCGCCUGCUGAAGGAUCAGUACCACCGGCAGAACCGACCCUCGAAAACGGUACACCACUCGCAGAGAACGGUACCUCCACGGCAAAUAUGGACGUCGACACGUCAGAAGCGGCCCCUCCUCCUCCUACUCUCACGACGCCUCCGAUACCCCCGACACCCGACUCCACUCCCAUACAGCAGAUCGACAUUCCAUACGAGGCCAGUCAGCUGCCACUGGACGUCGCGAUCUACAACUGCUGUCGAGGCGUUGAGAAUGAGGCGAGGUUGAAGAAGUGGCUAAGCAGUGUGCUUCUUGUCGGCGGAACCUCCCAGGUUCCAGGCAUGUCGUAUCAGAUUGAAAGUCGUUUGCAGUCCAUCAUCAUGCAGUCAUACCCAGACGCCUCUCGAAGCAUCACCGUGCUGCCUGCGCCCAAGGAAGUGGAUCCGCAUGUUCUUGUUUGGAAGGGCGCGUCGGUACUGGGAAAGAUGGAUGGGGUCGCGGAUCUAUGGUUGACGGCUGCGGAUUGGGACAUCCUAGGUAUGCGCGGGCUUCGCGAACGUUGCUUCUUCCUCUAG